GCAGUUAAAACCAUUACAAUUGACGGCGAGCAACAAUACCCGAUCAUCUAUUACUUCAUCAAUUGCAGAGAACCUCACAUACAUCAUGCUUAGCGCCAAGACCGUAUACCCGGCGUCAACACCGAGGUAUUCCGACUUUGCAAGUCGAAGAAGCGUUGUCCAUAGCACGAAUGGCAUAGUAGCUUGCACUCAGCCUCUAGCAGCUGCUGCAGGCCAGAGGAUUCUAAGGGAAGGGGGAAAUGCAGCAGAUGCUGCUGUGGCAGUUGCCGCGGCGCUCAAUGUUACUGAACCAACUUCAACAGGUAUCGGGGGCGACAUGUUCUGUCUUUUCUACAAUGCCACAACCAAGAAGAUUCACGCUUUGAACGGCUCAGGUCGAUAUGCUGCGAAUGCCUCGCUGGAUGCCAUCCGUAAAGAUCUCGGAUUGUCGCCCGGUGAGGGAGGUACUAUUCCCCUACAUAGCGCGCUCGCAGCCACAACUCCUGGUGCUGCCGCAGGCUGGAUAGAUACAGUUGAAAAAUUCGGUAGCGGGAAGCUGUCCAUGGAACAGAUCUUGACACCCGCAAUUGAACUUGCUGAGAAAGGAUUCCCAGUAUCUGAAUUUGCUUCGCAAUUUUGGCACAGCGGUGAAAAGCUUCUUCGCAAUGCGUCUCCUAAUUUCAAGGAGAUGCUCAAGCAUGACUCUUCUGCACCGGACGGUGUCAGGGCACCGCUUCCUGGGGAAAUCCUGAAAAACCCGUCAUUGGCGCGAACGUUCAGAGUAUUGGCUGCUGAAGGAAAGAAAGGCUUCUAUGAGGGGCGCAUCGCCGAAGAAACGGUCAAAGUACUGAAAGGUCUUGGAGGAUACCUUACUCUGGACGAUUUGAAGAAUCAUGCAGAGAGCGGAAGUCAAGAGGUAGAUGCAAUUUCAUUGAUAUUUAGAGGGCAGGGCGUAGGGAAGCAAGGCGCCUCUAGCGACGACAGUGAGGGCGGUGUUGAGGUUUGGGAACACCCUCCUAAUGGUCAGGGUAUUGUAGCCCUGAUGGCUCUUGGCAUCCUUGAGGAGUUGGAGCGCGCAGGGAAGAUUCCACGCUUUUCCCCCGGACAACACAACUCGGCAGAAUACCUCCACGCUGUAAUUGAGAGUUUACGGAUUGCCUUUGCAGACGCCAGUUGGUGGGUAGCUGAUCCAGAUGUUGAGAAAGUGCCUACACAGCAGUUGAUCUCGUCUCCCUAUCUAGCUGAACGGGCUAAAUUCUUCGAUGCUAAUAAGGCGUCCGACAUAUUGGACCAUGGUAGCCCCGCUCAUAAUCACUGUGAUACAGUCUAUUUUGCCGUCACAGAUAAGGAUGGAAAUGGCAUUUCCUUCAUCAAUAGCAAUUAUGCCGGAUUUGGUACCGGUAUAAUACCGGCUGGUUGUGGUUUCACCUUGCAGAACCGAGGAUCCAACUUCUCGCUACAAGCGGGACAUCCAAAUGUUCUUGCUCCGAAUAAGCGCCCGUAUCACACCAUCAUCCCCGCUAUGAUCACAAACUUGGAUGGAUCACUUCACUCCGUCUACGGAGUCAUGGGUGGCUUCAUGCAACCGCAAGGGCACGUGCAAGUUCUAUUAAACAUGUUGGCCUUUGGCUACAAUCCCCAAGCAGCCCUGGAUUCCCCACGCAUCUGCAUAGGUGCGGGGACGCCUGAGGAGGGCAAGGUAUUGGAUCGCACGGUUUAUGUGGAAGAAGGUAUCAGUGAUGAAACCGUGAAAGGCCUUCGAAAGCUUGGACACCAAAUUGAAGUAUUGACGGGACAUCAGCGGGGUAUGUUCGGACGCGGCCAAUUGAUAAGAGUCCAUUAUGAUGAUGGGCAAUUGGUCUAUAGCGCUGGAAGCGAUCCAAGGGGCGACGGCAUGGCUAUUCCGUUGUAGCCGAAAGGAAAAAGAGGACAGAUGUCGUAUGUCGACGAAAAUAUACCGGAGACAUCAUAAUUGGCUGUGACAUGCAUGAAUGUUGAACUAAAUAUUUAGAUGAUCGUGGAUAUCUCUGGCUUUUAUAUUGGCUUAACCCCGAGAAUAAAGACUAAUUCGAGGUGGUGAACCCCCCUUUGUGCGUCUUUGUCAUGAUUACAAUAGACAGACGCCAUAGAAU